UCACGGUCGGACUUUCCUUCGUGACUGUUUUGUGCGCGUUUUCUGUUGAUCACAAACAUUUGAUUACGAUCAAUAACAACUGUGCGAUUCUCAGCUCACUGCAGUGACACGUAUAUAUAUAUAUAUAAAUAGUUAUAUCCCGUUUUAUCUUCGAUAUAUCAAUUUCUCGUUCGUUCUUGUCGCGCCUUCUUUUUUACCUUGUUUCGUGACUCGUACUCGUUGUGUACAUGUAUACACAAGAAUGUACAAGUGUGUCAAGCAUGGGCAGUGUACGGGUUUCUUGAGAAGCCGAUCGUGAAUAUCAGGCUAAUUCGUAAUAGGCUUCUUGCUUCUUCGUAACGUGCCGACGGAAACGUUACACAUGACAAUUCAGGAAGGGAGGAUAUAGUCUAUAUACGUAUAUGUGGUGUGUAGUGACAAAACGGAACAUCUAAUGUUUGUUUCUCGACAAAGGGGAAACUGUCAGUGUUCAAGAUCUCGUCGAAACACGUGCGUAUGUUAAUUCUGUGUUUGACGCGUGCCCAUGAUCAACGACAUACCGUGCUCGUUGAGACGCAGAUCCAACGUAUUUGUUUAAUUCCUGCGUCGUCAUCGUAUAACAUCAAUGAAUUAAUCGUCGAAUUAUGAUCGUACGGUCGCACCUUUCCCCCCCCCUCUUUAUUUAGUCUGCGUCAAGAAAAUUAUCGAACAACUUAUUUCUUCGAUAAUUUUCACUUUUCAAUACUGCCCGAGGCUCCUCGAUCGUUCAAUUUAUUUUAAUGGAUGAAGAAGAUCGUUAUGCAAAGAAAGGAGCUAGAAGUAGCUUCCAACCUCCGAACCUUGGAUCCAAUUUGCCCUUCAUGACAGAUGAUGACAAAGAUUUGGAAGAAAUAGAAAAGCAUGGAGAUCUUGGUGACAUGACAUUUUACAUGACCAAUUACAUUAAAGAUGCCAUGAAGAUGAUGUUUAUAAUGCGUAGUCAUCAUAUGCUUACCGAUGUUAUACUCGAAGUAGGAUCAGAACUAUUCUAUGCGCAUAAAGUCAUUUUGGCUGCUGCGAGCCCAUACUUUAAGGCAAUGUUUACUGGAGGUUUAAAGGAAUCUGAAAUGACUAGAGUAAAACUUCAAGGUGUGUGUCCGACAACUAUGGCACGCCUAAUGUAUUUUAUGUAUACAGGUCAAAUAAGGGUUACAGAGAUUACUGUGUGCUCGCUUUUAUCGGCAGCCACCAUGUUUCAGGUUAGUAAUGUCAUAGAAGCGUGUUGCGUUUUUCUGGAAAGACAAUUAGAUCCCACAAAUGCUAUUGGAAUUGCAAAUUUUGCUGAACAACACGGUUGUCACAAUUUAAACCAAAAAGCGAAUCAGUUUAUUGUUCAACAUUUUAGUCAAAUAUGUCAAGAAGAGGAGUUUCUACAAUUAUCGGCAAUACAACUGAUAGCGCUGGUGAGAAAGGAUGAGCUAAAUGUGCAAGAAGAGAGAGAAGUAUACAAUGCUGUGUUAAAAUGGGUGAAGUAUAACGAGGAAGCGAGAGGACCUAAAAUGGAACAUAUACUACAUGCUGUGAGGUGUCAGUAUUUAACUCCAAAUUUUUUACGGGAACAAAUGAAAAACUGUGACGUAUUAAAAAAAGUACCUGCGUGUCGGGAAUACCUUGCGCAAAUCUUUAAGGAUUUGACUCUUCACAAGAAGCCGGUAGUGAAAGAAAGAACGCCUAAUACUCGAAGGGUAAUAUAUAUUGCGGGUGGUUUUCUGAAACAUUCGCUGGACGUAUUGGAAGGAUACAAUGCGGAUGACAGGACGUGGACUCAACACGCCAAGUUGGUUGUUCCUAGAUCUGGUUUGGGUGGAGCAUUCUUGAAAGGCAUGUUUUAUGCUGUUGGUGGCAGAAACAAUUCACCAGAGACCAGAUACGAUAGCGAUUGGGUUGAUAAAUACAAUCCUGUAACAGAUCAAUGGAGGCCUUGUAGUCCAAUGUCUGUGGCAAGAAAUCGCUUAGGAGUAGCUGUGAUGGACGGGUUGUUGUAUGCUGUUGGAGGUAGCGCAGGUGCGCAAUAUCACAGUAGCGUUGAGUGUUACGAUCCAGACCAAGAUUCAUGGACAAAUGUAAAACCGAUGCACAUAAAAAGAUUAGGAGUUGGAGUGGCAGUGGUCAACAGAUUACUCUACGCUAUCGGUGGUUUCGAUGGGACAAAUCGGCUCAAUUCUGUAGAAUGUUAUCAUCCAGAAAACGACGAAUGGACGAUGGUUUCAUCUAUGAAAUGUAGUCGUUCGGGAGCAGGGGUAGCUAGUCUUGGACAGUAUAUAUAUGUUGUAGGAGGAUACGAUGGAAAUAAGCAGUUAAAUUCUGUUGAAAGGUACGACACGGAGCGAGAUGUGUGGGAAUACGUUAGUAGCGUUAGUAUUGCUCGCAGUGCGCUCAGUGUAACAGUUCUAGACGGAAAAUUGUAUGCAAUGGGGGGAUACGAUGGUGAACAUUUUUUAAAUAUCGUAGAAAUCUACGAUCCUACAAAAGAUACUUGGGAACAAGGUGUAGCUAUGACUUCAGGUAGAUCGGGUCAUGCAAGUGCAGUGUCUUACCAUCAAUGUCCUGUACAUUGCGAUCACUUAGACCACAAUAUAUCGUUAGAGAAACCACCGUCGUGAUACGUGUAAAAUUUUUGGACUUUAGUUUAGCCGUUGAUAUAAAGAAAUUUUUAAAUAGGAAAACUUUGUACAAGAAGAAAGGGAGGAACACACAGCAACAAAUGUCAGAGUGAACACUUAAAACAGUAAAGAAAACCCUUCCUCAAUUACCACAGACUGAUCACCUUUCAAGCAUCGAAUAAGUCCAGUUCCUGAUAUCACAGAUAUGUUUUCAAAGAAUUUCAAGAUUCUAACGAUUAAUCGUCAUAAUUAAUUUUAUUCCUCGAAGGACCAGUGAUUUACUUCCAUUAAAAAUAGGAUUCAGUAUAAUGUAUAUAUUUUUAUAAAAUCAUAAGGCCUAAACAAAUGUAUAUAUAAGUAUAUGCGCGUGUGCGUGCGUGCGUGCGUGGCUGUGUCUGUGUAUGCGAGUGUCGCUUGUGCGUAUGGGUAAUAUUAUUUUUGAGAAAUUUUUAUAGAAUUUUCUUAUUUGAAUCCCUGUAUAUUUGUAAUAUAUGUUAAAAUAAUAUUUCAAAUAUAUAUGUAUAAAAAUA